GUAAGAGCGCUGCGAGCGUUCAGCUAACGACGGUGAGCCGAACUGUACCACUGUACACUCUCGAACCGUUCGCGUGUCGGGUAUACACACAGUAUACACCACAACCGGUGUAUAGGUCGUGAGUGACAUUCGAAACAAUUUGUGAAGUUUUUUAUUUGGGACUUACCAGAAUAUCCAUCAAGAUGAAUACCUACGGCGAUAAUAUCAACAUCACCACAAACAUGGAAAAUAACAGAAAUUGUUUGCGCAGAAUCGCUCGUCAUGACGAAACGGAAUUCUCCAAUCAAAGCAUCCUCAACGCAAUGGAAAAGUUCGUCAAGAGUGUGAACACGAUGGAUGAAACCAUCCUGGUGCCUUGCCGCCUCAUGGAUCUGAAAGUCGGCGAUGAUCAAGACCCAUCGGCGAAACAAACCGCCGUCAGUGCAAACGCAAGUGCCAAUGGAAAAUCCAAACAAAACAUAGGCAACCUCCUUAACUCAGCGGAUCUCUUCGACGUCUACAAUAUGCUAAACAAUAUCAAAGAAAACCUCUUGUGGGGCCAAGCACAAUCCGCUGACUUCGAAGAGGAAAGCACACCUGAAGUCAAACCACAGCCGGUGAAAGAACAAGUUCAAGUACAAGGUCAAAGCCAAACUCAUCAAAAGGGUCACGUGAGACGUCCGUCAACUGUCAGCGUCUCUUCGACAAACUCCGCCUCGAGCAUCAGCGACUCCGACUCGGAAAUCGGCGCAGAUGGCGCUGAGAACGAUUCGGGCAUUGAGGAAUCCCAUCAGGAUGUUGCCGAUCGCACCGCGCAAGUCGCACACAAUUUCCGGCGCCAUCUACACGGCUUGACAAGAAGUCUCAAGCAGUUGACAGACGCCGCGCAGUACCUCACGACACGCUACCAGCAUGACAUCGGCAGUCCGAUUUGAUGAUGAGUUGGCAUCAUUCACCAUCGAAUAUUAAAUUAAAAAUUACAAAAAUGUUGAACUUGUGAUUGAAGUCUGUGCGCGCGCAUGCAGUGAAUCUAUUUAGUCUAAUUUGUAUACCAUUGUGAGAGGUGGAGAAGGAGAGGAGGGGGGAGAAGAACAUAACCUAUCAUCUGGACUACCUGCUGCUACUACAAAACUAUUCCAAUUGUUUAAUUUUUUAUUAUUACGGCGUGAAUUUGUAAAAUUCGAAAUUUUUGAGUUGUUUCUAGUAGUGUUAGGGAUGUAAGAUGGUUGGGAACGUGUGAAUGUUGCAAUGUGUGCAUGGAUGAAUGUGGAAGUGAGUGCAAAGGUGGGUAGAUAGAUUAGAUGUGUAUAUUUUUUAAGAUGAACGCUGAAAAUAAUUUAUUAUGUCUAGGCAUUUGUUAUCCUUUGAUUGUACCUCUUGGAAUAUUGAAGUUUUAUUAAUAUAAAGAAGUACCAAAAUA